AUGUGGGAGAAUGGCCUACCAAGAAGAUUGCGAACGGCCUACACGAAUACCCAACUUCUCGAGCUGGAAAAAGAGUUUCAUUUCAACAAAUAUCUAUGUCGACCGCGAAGGAUAGAGAUCGCAGCAUCACUAGAUCUUACAGAGAGACAGGUGAAGGUUUGGUUUCAAAAUCGGCGAAUGAAACACAAGCGGCAAACGCUGAGCAAAGAAGAUGGCGACGAGAAAGACGGUUCCACGUCGGACGGCAUGGAGAAGCCUAAAGGCGACAAAAUGUUAUCCCCGGACAACGACGAGAAGAAGAGCUGUCAUAACUGUGAUAUUUCGGGCGUGGGCGAUGUCGGCAGCACUCUCACCGGCGACGUCACCGACCUAGGUUCUUCUGGCCGGAGGAGCAGCAACAACAACAACACCCUUGGCGCGACAAAUAACAACAACAACAAUAACAGUAAUACCGGUUUCAACACGAAUAGCAAUGGCGCCAGUAGCGUCGGCAGCACCAACAGCGUGUCCAGCUCGUUUGAGAAGAUGAUAGUGGACGACGAUUCGAGGUCGCAGGAUGGGAGCGAAGUGACAUCACCGAGCGUGACGAAAAAAUUGUCGGGCGAGGUGAGAGUGAAGGUCGAGAGCGAUCACAAGAGUCCGAACACCGCGAAACAGCAGCAGCAGCAGCAGCAGCAACAACAACAGCAGAUCUCGGUGAGCAAGAAAUCGCCAUCGGCUAGCGGGAAGGACAUGUGCUCGGUCAACAGCAACGGUGUAUUAUUGGCGAUGCCGGACUCGACGGUCAGCACGCCUGUUCUGCCUGGUCAAAAUUCCACGAGAAGUCUCACACCCUCCUCGACACCCGGCACCCCCGUCUCCGUCCAGCUUCAGCAGGGCAGUCCUCUGGGUAUCCAGCAGACGACUCACGCGGCCUACAUGCAGCGACCACGUAGCUCGCCGUCUUCCACGACCGCGUUACCGGCAUCGAUAUUACACGCCACCUCGAAUCCGGGCACGAUGUCGCCUCAUGGCGGUCGAGGCAUCUCGAGCAAUCAGCAGGCUCAUUUCCAGCAGCAGGGUGUGUAUCAGUCCUCGCCGGCUGUCGAUUACCGAAACGGCGUGCCCGCUAAUAGGCAGAACAUACCUCCGGCGACGCAACAGACCCAGUCGCAGAAUAGUUACUGCUCCCGAGACGCGUAUCAGCAACCGAGAAUCUCUUAUCCUAGCGAGGUGAACUCUCUGUAUAGACAGAAUCAGUCGGUGGGCUCGAGGAUGGCGCAUCACUCCCGAACGACGACGGGCGCGACCUCGAGGUCAAUGUACGGGGCCGCUAAUAUGCAGCAAUUCCAUCAGCAGCAGCUGCAGUAUGGCAGCACAGGAGAAUACAAUGGAUAUCCCCAGGCCGGACCACCUUAUCACGCUUAUCACCGGAGUAUGCAGAGCACCGCCAACGCCUACGGCACCAGUCAGGGAUAUUCCACGACGCCGAAUGAUCAGGGCACGAACGAAGGUUAUAUGACCCCUGGAAAUUACUCGGGUUACUCAACCGGCGGCAAUUAUCAUGGCAGCGCCGGCGAAAACCUGGCGACGCACGGCCACGCCGUCGUGCCCGGACAGCACGGCUACUUCAACGACAUCCAGCAACAGCAGCAACACCCGCAGCAACACACGGCCGAGGGCUACGUCACCCAUCAGCCGCCGAUGCAUCCCAGUUCCAGUGAUUAUCGGCCGAGCGGCAGCAAGUGUCAUCCGGGCGCGUAUUACGAGCAGACGAGUCAGCUGCACGUUCAUCAGGGUGGGGAAGCGUCCAGCAUCCCCAACAGCUACGUUUCAUCCCCCGAUCCCUUCCCGGCACCCGGAAUGACGACAACCGCGACAGCAAUCGCGGCUGCCACCGCGGCGGUCAUCACGCCACCCGGAAGUACCGGCCAGACUGAGAGUAACAACGAAUCUUACGGCACUUACGGCAAUUUUUAUGGUGAUCCGGUGCACUCGGCGGCGACGGCAGCGCCGCCGCCGCCAUCCGCCGACAACAGCAACAGCUCGUCCGACUUCAACUUCCUCAGCAAUCUGGCGAACGACUUCGCGCCCGAGUACUAUCAGCUCAGCUGAGUCCACGAGACCGAGAGCUCUUGCCAGUUGGACUGGGGCGACGAGCAAUGCCUGCUCAACGCUUUGUACUGAACCCACCUUAAUCGGCGUGAUGAAGAGCCGCGUGUAAGAGUCCACGUGAUUUGUACAUACGUUAGUACUCGUGAUUUAUUAGAGCUACGUGUAAAGGAAUAUUGUGUGUAAAAAUACAACGGGCUCUCGCACAGAAAUUAGAGAUACCGUCAACAUCGUGUGCGUCUAUACGUUAAUCGCGAUUUUUCAUCUUGAUUGUCAAAUAAUUGUCUAGUUUGAAGUUACUCUCCUUUCGCGAUUCGCGUUAGGAAUUAUCUUCACGACUAGUCGCGCUAAUUUAAGGUGCAAGGACUGAUCUAGAAUAAUUGUAAAUAUAAUUAAAUCUGAAAAUGUGUGCGGGAUUUAAACUGAAGUUCGACAACUGCAAGCAUAUCUCAAGUAAUCCAGAUUACCAGAAAAAUUGUCGAUUGUUCUUGGUUGCAACGAAUAGCCUGGAUUAUAUAAAUUUGAUCCAUAAUUAUAUGUUGCAUCCAAGUAAAAUAUCGAUUUUAAUAUUUCUCACCAUCAAGCAGAAUGUCAAUCUAUCAAUUUACAUUCCAAACGUUGAAGUAUGUUUCGGCAGAUGUAAAACAGUGACAACGAGUGCAAUGGUUGUGUUAUUAAUUUUAAAUUGGAGCGAGUUUUCUCCCUCUUAUCCUAGAAUUUUUUAAACUGUGAAUUAUUCAGAGUGAAUAAUUUCAUCGCCACUGUUUCGACGUGAAACAUUCAUAAUCGCAAGAGACGAAAAGUGUGAUCUGUAAGUGAUACUAGACUGAUAUAUACGAGCUGUGGUUUAACAAAAAUGUGUGGCAUGUUGUAAAUAUGUCAGAAAAGUUCGCUAUAUCGUGAAAUAUGGAUGCUAUUUCGACUUCUAACGCGAUCCCGCGAUUCUCGUGAACGAAAACACGAGGUGUAAGUGCAAUCUCUUCUUGUGGCGGUCUCUACAUUAGCGUAUCUCGUUAGGGUGUUUGAAAACUAGAACAUGCAAAUUACCGAAACAAUGUUUUCUUUCGUUUUUGAGAUAUAACUUCAUUGGCAUGCUCGAUCGAAGCAGUUUAACCGUGUUUGAAAUCAUAGAAGAACAAAUUCUGAGAAAGUUUCUGUAAAUCACGUAUCUCCGUAAAUAUCAUAUUUAAUUCCCAUGUGAUAAUCAAUCAAUAACGCGAUAAACAAAAGAUUAUACCUGAUUUCAAACCAUCACGAAACGAGACGAGUAGGUGCAUGAGCAAUAAUUAACAAUGACACACCGUGUACAUAUUUAUAUAUAUUAUAUGAAGGAUAGAUUAAUGGACACACAAACGAAUAAGAAAAUCGCAUUUAUACACACAAUCACACGAUUACUAUACCGAGUAUACAACUUCUGAAAAAGUGAAAUAGCUACAAUUCGUUAGUUUUAAUUAAACACAGGAAAUAGAUGUCUCUCUUUUCUCUCUCCCUCUUAUAAAAAUUGUCCUUUACCGAAUACGAAGAAUAGUUGAAAUCGGUUACUGUUGCGAGAAAAGACGAAUGCACUUGUAAAAAGAAUUUACCUGCGCCGUUCGCUUUGUGAAAAAAUGAAACGAAUCUGUGAAAAUUAAUUCGAAUCGAUAUGUCAUUCCACGUGGAGUGUAAUGUCACUUACAAUGACAUUCGAGCACAUGACGUUGAGCAAUAUAUCGAAAGAUAAUCUACAUCUUCCUACCAUGAAAGGGGAAAUGUAUCGUAAUAUCUAAUAUCUAUUAAAUACAUAUAAAUAUAUCGGUUGCAUUAUCUCAUUUUUUCACAAACCGCGUUUCUUUUGUAAUGUCUAUACUCUAGCGUGCUACUUUAAGCGAACCAAAUAAAUUAUUGUCUCUUCUCACGGUAGGUAAUUGUAAAAGUAAAAAAAAGCGUAGAUAGAGACGCAUAAUUUUAAUUUACA